GCUAGGCAACGAACGCUGCCGGGACGCUAGACUGCUUCGGCGCCAAGGGAGCCGAGGUUGAGCGAGCAGAGGCUGCGCACCGCACCCGGACGCCGCAUCCCUGAUCGGAGGGCUUCCGAGGGUUCCGGGCAGGAGCGACCCGGGAGCCGCUCGGUCGUUCAGCGUGUCCUCGCCGCCAUGAGUGGCGAGCAGGAUAAACCAACUGGCAAAGAAAAAUCCAAGGUACCAGUAAGAUUUCUACCACAGUUGCCUAUGGAAAAGUCAUCUACCAAAGAUAAAGCAAAAUCAAAGACAGCAGCAAGAGUUUUACCACAGUUGUCUAUGGUGAGUACAAAGCCCCAGUGGCAGCAGGCAGCCCCUUCAUUCCAUUUGAAUAUAAAGCAAGACAAUGAGAUUCCAGAAACUUUUAGUGUUAAAAAUGAACAGUCAUAUGCUGAAUACAUGGAACGCUUUGGGAAAAAAGGCAAGAUCCUCAGCCAGAUUGAUGAUGGCUCUGCUGGACCAUCUACUUCCAAAUUAAAGGGCAAGUCUCCACAAAAAGAAAGAGAAAACUUCAGAAGUACUCUUGUUAAUGUCAUUAUGCAACAAGAUGAUGUUUUAGACUCAGCUACCCCUGAUGAACUCACAGUUCCAAAAGCUACCACUUCUGCAAUAGAAAAAGACAUCUUGAGAUAUUACUAUUAUAUUCACCAUGGAAUUGAUACGGACCAUGUAGCACCAAUGGAAGAUUCUUGGCUAGAACAUGUAUUGAAUCUAGUCCCACAACAUCUGAAAGUUCUCACUGACAGCAUAGUUGUAUUAUCAGAUGAAAUGAGAGAAGAUUAUCUUCUUAGUGUAAAGAAAUCCAUAGUUGAUUUUGUUUUAAAAGACCCUAGAGAAAAAGAAGAUGAUAAAAAGAUAAUUGAACUUCCACCCCAUCGUGCUGAAAUGGAAGUUCUGCCAAAACCUUGGAGGAAAUCUUUUUUAGCUGCGUGUAGUUAUAUUAGGGAUCACUUGAAUGCAAUGAAUCCCACAAUGCUGGCUGUGCUAGAUUUGUGGCACAGUACUUUUAAAAAAUUACGUUUGGUUGAUAUAGAAGAAUUUCACAAUCGCCAGGAUGCCUUGGAACUCUCAAGUUUUCAGAGUAUUGCCAUGAAACACAUGGAAUCUGCCAAAGAGACUUUGUUUAAAAUGUGGUUUCCAGAAGUACAGAAUAUUUAUUACCAAGGUAAUAAAAAAAAGCAAUUGCCAACCAGUGACAACAGUGCCAAAUUGGAAUCUUUUUUCAACUGUGCUGCUACACUUAUGACUUUACAGCUGCAGGACCUCACUUUAGCCUCCAUGCAGGAUUUCACAGACUUAAUUGCACAACCCCCUGAUUCUGUUAGAGCUUUUGAACAUCCAGGUUUCAUCAUGAGACUGAUUCUUGAGCAUGAUGCCAUUACGUUUGAACCGGACUUUAAUGACUAUAUAGAUAUCUUUGUAAAUAUUUAUGCUAUCAUGAUUAAGGCUGUCAGUUCUGUGCCAAGAGUUGAGACAAAAUUGUAUUCUAAGUGGGAAAGUAAGUCUAAGCCAACAACCUUGAAGCCUAUAAUUCUGGAUGAAAUUGUAGAAGCUCACAAAGCAAAGAUUAAGGAGGUGAUUAUUAAAGAGAGUUUGGCACCUAUGGAGCACCUCAGACUCUAUGACAAGUAUGACUUUUUAAUUACCAGAAAAGCUGAGCAAGAUGCUGAUGCAUUCCUUGCAGAAAAUCAUCAUUAUGAGACAAUAAUAGAAGAAAUUCGCAAAUACCAAAAACUAAUUGAUGAAAUACAGUACACAUCUAGAAAGAGUGUUCGCUUGGGAAUGUUUGAAAUACACUGUGAAGAAUUAAUCAGAGCCUUGGUGAAGCGAGCAGAUAUUAUUUGUGGGAAACUUAUAGCAAAAAUGUUCAAAGAUCAUCAGGAAGUAAAUACAAGAUUAUGUGAAGAAUUUGAGGGAAUAGCUGAAAAAGCUCUUAGCACUCCUCCAAAUACAGCAGAACUAAUGGAAAUGAAGGCUUACAUUCAGAAAGUGGAGGCAGUCGAAAUGAUUGAUUUGGGACAGAGAUUAGUGGAUUCUAAAAACUGCCUUGCCUUCCUCAUUGAGUGUGCCAACUUUUCUCCUGCAGACAUUAGGUUAAAUAAUAAUGUUUUCCAGUGGUAUGGAAGAAUGGGAGAUUUUGAAGAACACAGAAAAAUCAUUAAAGAGAAAACAGAACAAUAUCAAGAAGGCCUUAAGUUGCGGUGUGAACGGUUUGUGGAGGAAUUGGAGAGUUAUGCCAAACAGGCAGAAGAAUUCUAUUCGUUUGGAGAUCUUCAGGAUGUACAAAGAUACCUGAAAAAGGCUCAGACACUGAAUGCCAAAUUGGAUUUAGCAGCAGACAAGAUUGAGCAAUUUAAUGCUGAAGAGGAGGCAUUUGGCUGGUUACCAUCAAUAUAUCCUCAACGUAAAAAAAUUCAAGAUGGCUUGAAUCCUUAUCUUCGUCUUUAUGAAACUGCUGUUGAAUUUACCAACAAACAUAGAGCAUGGACAGAAGGACCAUAUCACAAGGUGAAUCCAGAUCAAGUAGAAACAGAUGUUGGAAAUUACUGGAGAGGACUUUAUAAGCUGGAGAAGACCUUCCAUGAUUCUCCAAAUGCUUUGGCAAUGACAAAAAAAGUAAGAGCAAGGGUGGAAGAGUUCAAACAGUUCAUUCCUCUCAUUCAAGUGGUCUGUAAUCCUGGUUUGCGCCCCAGGCACUGGGAAGCCAUGUCCGCAAUUGUUGGCUACCCGCUACAGCCAGCAGAUGACUCCACCGUCUUCUCCUUUAUAGACAUGAAUCUGGAACCAUAUUUAGACAGAUUUGAAAGUAUUAGUGAAUCAGCUAGCAAAGAAUAUUCUCUUGAAAAGGGCAUGGAGAAGAUGAUGAAUGAAUGGGAUACAAUGGAAUUUGUCAUUCAUCCUUACAGAGAAAGUGGAACAUAUAUUUUGUCUUCAGUUGAUGAAAUUCAAAUGCUGUUGGAUGACCAUAUAGUUAAAACACAAACUAUGCGGGGCUCUCCUUUCAUUAAACCUUAUGAAAAACAAAUGAGAGAAUGGGAGGGCAAGCUCCUGCUGCUUCAGGAGAUUCUGGAUGAGUGGCUCAAGGUCCAAGCCACUUGGCUUUAUCUGGAGCCCAUUUUCAGUUCUCCGGACAUUAUGUCUCAAAUGCCUGAGGAAGGCAGACGAUUUACAACUGUGGAUAAAACAUGGAGAGAUAUAAUGAAAAGUGUCAUACAGGAUAAACAUGUUCUGUCAGUUGUAACUAUUGAGAGAAUGCUGGAAAGACUGAAAAAAUCUAAUGAACUUUUGGAACUCAUUCUUAAAGGACUUAAUGAAUAUUUGGAAAAGAAACGUCUCUUCUUCCCCAGAUUCUUUUUCUUGUCAAAUGAUGAACUUCUUGAGAUACUAUCUGAGACUAAAGAUCCCACUAGGGUGCAACCUCAUUUGAAGAAAUGCUUUGAAGGAAUUGCAAGGGUAGAAUUUACAGAAACUUUAGAUAUUACUCAUAUGAAGAGUAGUGAAGGAGAAGUUGUGGCACUCACAGAGAUCAUUUCAACAUCCAAAGCCAGAGGUCAAGUGGAGAAGUGGUUGGUUGAGUUAGAGAGAAUUAUGAUUAAAUCCAUCCACAAGGUAAUUGGAGAUGCAAUUUUGGCCUAUACAAAAAAUGAACGAAUUAACUGGGUAAGAGAAUGGCCUGGACAGACUGUUCUCUGUGUAUCCCAAAACUUUUGGACAAAAGAAGUACAAACAGCUAUUCCAAUGGGGCUAGAGGCUCUUAAGGAAUAUUUGGAAAAAUGUAAUAGACAAAUUGAUGAUAUUGUCACUUUGGUCCGUGGCAAAUUGUCUAAGCAGAAUCGUGUUACUCUGGGAGCCCUCGUCGUACUGGAUGUCCAUGCUAGAGAUGUCCUUGCAGCACUUGUGAAAAAAAAUGUUACUGAUGACAAUGACUUUGAAUGGUUAAGUCAGCUGCGGUACUACUGGCAAGAAAAUCACUUAGAAACAAAAAUGAUCAACGCUGGUUUGCGAUAUGGGUAUGAAUACCUGGGUAAUUCCCCUAGGCUGGUUAUUACUCCACUCACAGAUCGAUGUUACAGAACCUUAUUUGGAGCCCUUCACCUGCAUCUGGGAGGAGCACCUGAGGGUCCAGCUGGCACUGGAAAGACAGAAACUACUAAGGAUUUAGCAAAAGCUGUAGCCAAACAAUGUGUCGUUUUCAACUGCUCUGAUGGGUUGGAUUAUUUGGCCCUAGGAAAAUUCUUUAAGGGACUGUUAUCUUGUGGAGCCUGGGCUUGCUUUGAUGAGUUUAACAGAAUUGAUUUGGAAGUGCUUUCUGUGGUUGCUCAACAAAUCCUUACUAUCCAAAGAGGUAUUAAUGCAGGUGCUGAAAUACUAGUGUUUGAAGGAACUGAACUAAAACUUGACCCCACAUGUGCUGUCUUUAUAACAAUGAACCCUGGAUAUGCUGGGCGAUCAGAACUACCAGAUAAUCUGAAGGCUCUCUUUCGGACAGUAGCAAUGAUGGUCCCUGACUAUGCCAUGAUUGCUGAAAUAGUCCUGUACUCCUGUGGGUUUGUCACUGCUCGGCCACUGUCAAUAAAAAUUGUGGCCACAUAUCGCUUGUGUUCAGAGCAGUUGUCAUCUCAACAUCACUAUGAUUACGGAAUGCGGGCCGUGAAGUCAGUGCUGACAGCUGCUGGGAAUCUAAAGCUGAAAUAUCCAAAUGAAAAUGAAGAAAUUUUGCUGUUUAGAUCUAUCAUUGAUGUAAAUCUGCCAAAAUUUCUGUCCCAUGAUUUACCACUCUUUGAGGGAAUUACUUCAGAUUUGUUUCCUGGGGUGAAAUUACCAAAACCAGAUUACAAUGAUUUGCUGGCAGCUAUUAAAGACAAUUGUGCCUCCAUGAAUUUACAAAUGACUGACUUCUUUUCUGGGAAGAUUCUUCAAAUAUAUGAAAUGAUGAUUGUACGUCAUGGUUUUAUGAUUGUUGGAGAACCAUUUGGAGGAAAAACCAGUGCAUACCGUGUCUUAGCCGGGGCACUGAAUGACAUAUGUGAGAAGGGGCUAAUGGAAGAAAACAAGGUUCAAAUAACUGUCUUAAAUCCUAAAUCUAUCACCAUGGGUCAGCUGUACGGACAGUUUGAUUUAGUGUCCCAUGAGUGGUCUGACGGAAUCCUCGCUGUCAGUUUUAGAGCAUUUGCUUCGGCAAUGACUCCAGAUAGAAAAUGGUUAAUUUUUGAUGGACCAGUAGAUGCAGUAUGGAUUGAGAAUAUGAAUACUGUGCUGGAUGACAACAAAAAGUUAUGUCUGAUGAGUGGGGAGAUUAUUCAAAUGUCACCACAAAUGAAUCUUAUUUUUGAACCCAUGGAUUUAGAAGUUGCUUCUCCUGCCACUGUUUCCAGAUGUGGUAUGAUUUACAUGGAGCCUCACAUAUUAGGCUGGAGACCACUGAUGUUGUCUUGGCUGAAUCUUUUACCUGAGUCAGUCAGUUCUAUUGAGAAGGAAUUUAUAACAGGCUUAUUUGACAGAAUGGUCCCUAUUUCUGUUGAAUUUAUUAGAAAGCAUACAAAGGAAUUAUCUCCUACUUCAGAUGCAAACUUGGUCAGAUCCUUAAUGAAUAUAAUAGACUGUUUUAUGGAUGAGUUUGCUGAUGAUACCAAGGCAAAAGAAAGAAAUGAUAGAGAAACUUACUCUUUGCUUGAGGGAAUUUUUCUGUUUUCAUUGAUCUGGUCUGUUGGAGCUUCUUGUUCAGAUGAUGAUCGGUUGAAAUUUAAUAAGAUUCUUCGAGAACUAAUGGAAGGUCCAAUUUCAGAGCUAACUCGAAAUAAGUUUAAAUUACUGAGUGGUACUGAACAAACAUCCUCAAAGGCACUAACUGUCCCAUUUCCUGAGAAGGGAACAAUUUAUGAUUAUCAAUUUAUCACUGAGGGAAUAGGGAGAUGGGAGUUAUGGGUAAAGAAAUUAGAAGAUGCUCCUCCAAUUCCUAAAGAUGUGAUGUUUAAUGAAAUCAUUGUACCGACUUUGGACACCAUUCGAUAUUCUGCAUUAAUGAAUUUGUUGACUACUCAUCAAAAGCCUUCAAUAUUUGUAGGACCAACAGGAACAGGAAAGAGUGUAUAUAUAAUUAAUUUUCUUUUAAAUCAUCUUAAUAAGGAAAUUUACAAACCUCUGAUAAUCAACUUCUCAGCUCAAACUACAGCAGCUCAAACUCAGAAUAUUAUCAUGUCAAAAUUGGACAAAAGAAGAAAGGGAGUUUUUGGUCCUCCUUUGGGCAAGAGAAUGAUUGUAUUUGUAGAUGAUGUCAAUAUGCCUGCUCGGGAGGUAUAUGGAGCUCAGCCUCCCAUUGAGUUACUUAGGCAAUGGUUAGACCACUGGAAUUGGUACGACCUAAAAGAUUGUUCUAUGAUUAAACUAGUGGACAUUCAGAUCAUGUGUGCUAUGGGACCUCCAGGUGGUGGCCGGAAUCCAGUAACUCCUCGAUUCAUGAGACAUUUCAAUAUCAUAACAAUCAAUGAGUUUAGUGAUAAAUCCAUGUUUGCAAUCUUCUCUAAAAUCUUAACCUGGCAUUUGAAAAUAUGUUACAAAUUUCCAGAUGAAUUUCUGGACUUGACUACACAAAUUGUAAAUGGCACAAUGACUCUGUAUAAGGAAGCAAUGAAGAAUCUCUUGCCUACUCCAGCUAAAUCUCACUACUUGUUCAACCUUCGUGAUUUCUCCCGUGUCAUUCAAGGUGUUUGUUUGUCAAGACCAGAAACAGCAGAAACCCAAGGAGUGAUUAAACGUCUUUGGGUUCAUGAGGUCCUUAGAGUAUACUAUGAUCGCCUGCUGGAUAAUGCAGACAGAAACUGGCUCAUCAACUACAUUCAAGAAAUUUUGAAAAAGUACAUGUAUGAAGAUUUUCAUGAGCUAUUUCAAAGUUUGGAUUUUGAUCAUGAUGGAGUGGUGCAAGAAGAUGACUUGAGAAGUUUAAUGUUUUGUGAUUUCCAUGAUCCCAAGAGGGAAGAUACCAACUAUCGAGAAAUUUCAGAUGUGGAUCAACUUCGAGUGAUAGUAGAAUCUCACCUGGAAGAAUACAACAAUUUGAGCAAGAAAACUAUGAAACUUGUCUUAUUCCGAUUUGCCAUAGAACACAUCAGCAGAAUUUCCAGGAUCUUGAAGCAGCCACGAAGCCAUGCUCUCCUGGUUGGAGUAGGAGGGAGCGGAAGGCAGUCUGUCACCAGAUUAGCUGCCCACAUGGCUGAUUAUUCACUUUUCCAGGUUGAAAUCUCCAAGAGCUAUGGUAACAAUGAGUGGCGUGAAGAUUUAAAAGUGAUCUUAAGGAAGUGUGCCGAAGGUGACAUGCAGGGGGUCUUCCUAUUUACAGACACUCAGAUUAAAAAAGAGUCAUUUCUAGAGGAUGUUAAUAAUAUGCUAAAUGCUGGGGAGGUUCCAAAUCUCUUCGCAUUAGAUGAGAAGCAAGAGAUAUGUGAAAAGAUGCGCCAGUUGGAUCGCCAACGGGAUAAAACCAAGCAAACUGAUGGAAGCCCCAUAGCUCUUUUCAACAUGUUUAUUGAUCGCUGCCGCAACCAACUGCAUGUGGUUCUUGCCAUGAGUCCUAUCGGAGAUGCAUUUCGAAAUCGUCUUAGAAAGUUCCCUGCUCUUGUUAACUGCUGUACCAUUGACUGGUUUCAGUCAUGGCCUGAAGAUGCAUUACAGGCAGUUGCCUCAAGAUUCUUGGAAGAAAUUGAAAUGUCAGAGGGAAUACGAGAUGGCUGUAUCAACAUGUGUAAAAGCUUCCACACUUCUACUAUAAAUUUAUCAAAAUCCUUCUACGAUGAACUUCAGAGAUACAAUUAUGUGACUCCCACUUCCUACCUCGAAUUAAUCUCCACCUUCAAGCUCUUGUUAGAAAAGAAAAGAAGUGAAGUAAUGAAAAUGAAAAGGAGGUACGAGGUGGGUUUGGAUAAACUGGACUCGGCUGCUGCUCAAGUAGCCACGAUGCAAUAUGAGUUGGAGGCAUUGCAACCGCAAUUGAGAGUUGCUAGCAAAGAAGUUGACGAGAUGAUGGUUAUCAUCGAAAGAGAGUCUGUAGAAGUCGCCAAAACUGAAAAAAUAGUGAAGGCUGAUGAAAUAAUAGCAAAUGAUCAAGCCAUGGCAGCUAAAGCCAUCAAAGAUGAGUGCGAUGCAGAUCUGGCGGGGGCCUUGCCAAUAUUGGAGUCAGCGCUGUCUGCCCUGGACACCCUUACUGCACAGGAUAUUACAGUGGUGAAAUCCAUGAAGAGUCCUCCUGCUGGUGUCAAGCUUGUUAUGGAAGCUAUCUGUAUUCUGAAAGGCAUCAAAGCUGACAAAAUCCCUGACCCAACAGGAUCAGGAAAAAAAAUUGAGGAUUUCUGGGGACCAGCUAAGAGACUUCUUGGGGACAUUAGGUUUCUACAAUCGCUUCAUGAAUAUGACAAGGACAAUAUUCCUCCAGCUUAUAUGAAUAUCAUAAGAAAAAGUUAUAUUCCAAAUCCAGACUUUGUUCCAGAGAAAAUUAGAAAUGCUUCCACAGCUGCAGAAGGUCUGUGCAAAUGGGUCAUAGCAAUGGAUUCAUAUGAUAAAGUGGCAAAAAUAGUCGCUCCCAAAAAGAUAAAACUGGCUUCAGCUGAAGGGGAGCUUAAAGUUGCCAUGGAUGGUCUUAGAAAGAAACAGGCAGCACUUCAGGAAGUUCAGGACAAGCUGGCCAAGCUUCAAGACACACUUGAGUUAAACAAACAAAAGAAGGCUGACUUGGAAAACCAGGUUGACUUAUGCAGCAAAAAACUAGAAAGAGCUGAACAGUUGAUUGGAGGCCUUGGAGGUGAGAAAACUCGAUGGAGCCAUACAGCACUGGAGCUGGGUCAGUUGUACAUCAACCUGACAGGUGAUAUCCUCAUUUCCUCAGGAGUUGUCGCUUACCUGGGGGCCUUUACAUCUAACUAUAGACAGAACCAAACCAAGGAGUGGACAGAUUUGUGCAAAGCAAGAGAUAUUCCCUGCUCAGAUGAGUAUUCUCUUAUGGGUACCCUGGGAGAAGCUGUGACAAUUCGAGCUUGGAAUAUUGCUGGACUACCUUCUGACUCAUUUUCUAUUGACAAUGGCAUCAUCAUAAUGAAUGCAAGAAGGUGGCCACUGAUGAUAGAUCCACAAGGUCAGGCUAAUAAAUGGAUCAAGAACAUGGAGAAAGCCAAUAGUCUUCACCUAAUUAAAUUAAAUGACCCUGACUAUGUCAGGACUCUGGAAAAUUGCAUCCAGUUUGGCACUCCUGUGAUGCUAGAAAAUGUUGGAGAAGAACUAGAUCCUGUCUUGGAACCUCUUCUACUAAAACAGACGUUUAAACAGGGAGGGAGUGUAUGUAUCCGGCUUGGGGAUGCUACAAUUGAAUAUGCUCCUGACUUCCGUUUCUAUAUUACUACCAAGUUAAGAAAUCCUCAUUAUCUUCCUGAAACAUCAGUAAAGGUAACAUUGUUAAACUUCAUGAUAACUCCAGGAGGAAUGCAGGAUCAGCUUCUGGGCAUUGUGGUGGCACGAGAAAGACCAGAUCUUGAAGAAGAAAAGCAAGCCUUGAUAUUGCAAGGAGCUGAAAACAAAAGGCAGUUAAAAAUAGAAGACAAGAUUUUAGAAGUUCUUUCAUCUUCAGAAGGCAAUAUAUUAGAAGAUGAAACUGCUAUUAAGAUAUUAUCUUCCUCCAAGGCUUUGGCUAACGAAAUUUCUCAAAAGCAGGAGGUAGCUGAAGAGACAGAGAAGAAGAUUGAUGCCACCCGCCUGGGCUACCGUCCCAUCGCGGUCCAUUCCUCCAUCCUGUUUUUUUCUAUUGCUGAUUUGGCCAACAUCGAGCCCAUGUACCAAUAUUCACUGACCUGGUUUAUUAACCUUUUCACCCUGUCUAUUGAAAAUUCAGAGAAAUCAGAGCACUUACCAAAAAGGCUACAGAUUCUCAAGGAUCACUUCACUUACUCACUGUAUGUUAAUGUCUGCCGGUCCCUCUUUGAAAAGGACAAGCUGCUCUUCUCCUUUUGUCUAACUGUGAAUCUACUGAUACAUAACAACGUGAUCAAUAAAGCCGAGUGGAGAUUUCUGCUAACUGGUGGCAUUGGACUGGAUAAUCCUCAUGCCAACCCUUGUACAUGGCUCCCUCAAAAGUCCUGGGAUGAGAUAUGUCGAUUAGAUGACUUGCCUUCUUUCAAAGCAAUUCGUAAAGAGUUUAUGCGCUUAAAGGAUGGAUGGAAAAGAGUAUAUGAUAGUUUGGAACCACACCAUGAGACUUUCCCUGAAGAGUGGGAAGAAAAAGCAAAUGAGUUUCAAAGGAUGCUGAUCAUCCGUUGCUUGAGGCCAGAUAAGAUUAUUCCAAUGUUGCAAGAAUUUAUAAUCAACAGAUUGGGACGUGCAUUCAUUGAGCCACCCCCCUUUGAUUUAUCCAAGGCAUUUGCAGAUAGUAACUGCUGUGCACCACUGAUUUUCGUGCUCUCUCCUGGAGCGGAUCCAAUGGCUGCUCUUCUCAAAUUUGCUGAUGAUCAGGGGUAUGGAGGGUCGAAACUUAGUUCUUUAUCUCUUGGUCAAGGCCAAGGGCCCAUUGCUAUGAAGAUGUUAGAAAAAGCUGUCAAGGAAGGAACUUGGGUUGUUCUUCAGAAUUGUCACCUUGCCACCUCUUGGAUGCCAACCCUUGAGAAAGUUUGUGAGGAGUUAAGCCCAGAAACAACCCAUCCUGAUUUCCGAAUUUGGUUGACAAGUUACCCAUCUCCAACUUUCCCUGUGUCAGUACUGCAGAAUGGAGUGAAGAUGACCAAUGAAGCUCCGAAAGGUUUACGGGCUAAUAUCAUUCGAUCAUACCUCAUGGACCCAAUCUCUGACCCCGAGUUCUUUGGCAGCUGCAGAAAGCCUGAAGAAUUCAAGAAAUUGCUUUAUGGCCUCUGUUUCUUUCAUGCUUUGGUACAAGAGAGACGGAAAUUUGGACCCCUGGGGUGGAAUAUUCCUUAUGAGUUCAAUGAGACUGAUCUCAGAAUCAGUGUACAGCAGCUCCACAUGUUCCUGAACCAGUAUGAGGAACUGCCUUAUGACGCCCUGCGGUAUAUGACAGGCGAAUGCAACUACGGAGGCAGGGUGACCGACGACUGGGACCGGCGCACCCUGCGCACUAUUCUGAAUAAAUUUUUCUGUACAGAAUUAGUUGAAAAUGCAGAAUAUAAAUUCGACUCAAGUGGCAUCUAUUUUGUCCCUCCUCCUGGUGAUCAUAAAAGCUACAUCGAAUACACAAAGACUCUGCCACUGACCCCAGCACCAGAAAUCUUUGGAAUGAAUGCCAAUGCAGAUAUCACUAAAGAUCAGUCAGAAACUCAACUGCUUUUCGAUAACAUUCUUCUUACACAGUCUCGUUCAGCAGGUGCUGGUGCAAAAUCAUCAGAUGAAGUAGUAAAUGAGGUUGCUGGUGACAUAUUGGGUAAACUUCCAAACAACUUUGAUGUUGAUUCAGCAAUGAGGAGAUACCCGACAACUUACACUCAAAGCAUGAACACUGUACUUGUCCAAGAGAUGGGUCGGUUCAAUAAGUUGCUGAAGACCAUAAGAGAAUCAUGCAUUAAUAUUCAAAAAGCAAUCAAGGGGCUGGUAGUGAUGUCUACAGAUCUUGAAGAAGUGGUUAGAAGCAUUUUGAAUGUCAAAAUUCCAGGAAUGUGGAUGGGUAAAUCCUACCCAAGCCUUAAACCACUUGGCAGCUAUGUGAAUGACUUCCUUGCAAGACUAAAAUUCUUGCAGCAAUGGUAUGAGGUUGGCCCUCCUCCAGUCUUCUGGCUUUCCGGCUUCUUCUUCACCCAAGCCUUUCUGACUGGAGCCCAGCAGAACUACGCCAGAAAAUACACUAUUCCCAUUGAUCUCCUAGGGUUUGACUAUGAAGUGAUGGAAGACAAAGACUACAAACAUGGUCCUGAAGAUGGUGUUUUCAUUCAUGGAUUAUUUCUGGAUGGAGCUUCCUGGAAUAGAAAAAUAAAGAAACUUGGAGAAUCACAUCCGAAAAUUCUUUAUGAUACAAUGCCUGUGAUGUGGCUAAAGCCCUGCAGGAGGUCAGACAUACCAAAACGACCAAGUUACCUUGCUCCAUUGUAUAAGACAAGUGAGCGGAGAGGAACACUAUCCACCACUGGCCAUUCUACAAACUUUGUAAUUGCCAUGAUUCUUCCCUCUGAACAACCCAAGGAGCACUGGAUUGGACGUGGUGUGGCACUGCUGUGUCAACUUAACUCAUAACCCAAAGAUGUCACUUUCUUGUUCCUAUUUGUUGUUAUUUAAAUAGAAAGUAUAUUUUACUCUGUUGAAACAAUUUUUUUAGUUUAAGUACAUUUGACUAACAUUUUUCAAAAGUAUGAAUUUGCUUAUGUGCAAAUGCAGUCUAAAUUUAAAACCUUUCAUACUUUAAGGAAAUAUUGUGAUGUAGGCACUAAAAAAAACACACCGGUA